GGGAAGAAAAAAAAUUACCUUGUCAAUUCUUGUGCUACAAGAUGUUGUUUUCUCAACAAACAGUACUUCCAUUAGUUUUGGUGUUUGUUUUCAUUUACUAUUGUCUUGGUGUCGACUCUAGAGCUGUUCGAGGUCACAAAAACUUCGAUUGUGGCUCCCCCAAAGAUGUAAAAACCAUUGUUGUUGAUCCAUGGGGCCAUGGAGACUAUAUUAAGAUUCAAGAUGCUGUUAAUUCGAUCCCGUCGCCAAAUACUCAAUGGAUUGCAAUCAAUCUUACUCCUGGAGUUUACAGGGAAAAGGUGAACAUUACCACGGGAAAAAACUGCAUUCUGCUUCAAGGAAAUGACAGAGAUAAGACUUCAAUUGAAUGGAACAGUUACGUGAACGAGGGAGGAAAUCCCUUCGAAAGUGCUACUUUCACUUCCGCAGUUCAGCAUCUUGUGGUGAAAAAUAUAACCUUUAAGAAUACAUAUAAUUUGGAGGUAGAAGGAAGAAAGGUAAAUAAGGCUGUAGCAGCAUCGAUAUUUGGAGAUAAAUCUUCAUUUUACGAUUGUGGUUUCAUUGGACUUCAAGAUACACUUGCUGAUGUAUCAGGCCGCCAUUAUUUCCAUAACUGCCACAUUGAAGGGGCUAUGGAUUUCAUCUGGGGCAAUGGACAGUCCAUCUAUGAGUAUUGCGAGAUAACGGUGCGAACAUAUCCCCAUCCACGCUAUCGUGUCACAAGUGUUAUAACAGCACAAGGGAGGGAAAGUGAGGAACAAACGACUGGCUUUGUUUUCAAGUUUGGAAAACUCAAUGGCAUAGGAAAUCCUACUACCUUUCUCGGAAGAGCUUGGCGAACUUGCUCAACUGUUCUUUUCAAGAACAUGACCUUUUCUGAUCAUGGUCAAUUAGUCGAAGUGUUGCCUAUAGGAUGGGAUCAUUGGGAGAAAAACGUAAGACGAAUUGUGUAUGCCGAAGCUGACAACACUGGAUUAGGAUCCGAACUAGAUGACAGAGCAAGCUGGGAGAGGAUUGGGAAAAAGAGUCUUACUGCUGAGCAGUGGCAUUAUUACACCGACAUGUCUUUCAUCGACCACGAAGGAUGGCUGAAGCAACAACCCUAGCCAAAAUACAUGUUGUAAUUUUCGUCA